AUGUUGGGUUUAUCCUUGGCAUGUUUGCUACUUUUGUUUUUCAUCUUCAAAGUCCAAUGCUACCUUGAUAGACGUAAUAAUGAUGUUGCUGUUGCUGCGGCCACCGCCCAAGGACUAAAUCAAUCAGCUGUUGCGCUACAAAUGUUCCCAGUAUUGGUCUACUCGGAUUCUCAGAAGAAGAAUCAUCAUACAGCAGCAGGAACAGAAAAGAAAGAGUGUGCCAUCUGUUUAAUCGAGUUUAGGGGUGGAGAUAAGCUGACAUUAUUGCCAUGCAAGCAUUUCUACCAUCCUCGUUGUGUUGCUAAAGAAUUUGGUGUUGAGCUUUUGUAA